UUUUAACAUAAAUGUCACUUUCUUAGUGGCUACGACCCGUGUACGUAUAUUGUGGGAUGACCCCACGAUAUAAAUCACAGGAGCGACCGUUAACCGUUAAACUGCACGUUACAGAUUCAAGAAGACCAUGGCAAAGAAGAAGGUGAUCAUCGACACGGACUGCGGCAUAGAUGAUGCUCAGGCUAUAAUGAUGGCCUUGGCAGCGCCCAACAUUGAGGUUGUCGGUGUCACCUGUGUGUUCGGGAACGCAGCGGUCGAGCACGUGUGUCAGAAUGUUCUCAGGGUGCUUUCCGUCUGUGACCACAAGGGCGUUCCAGUGUUUCGAGGUUCAGGCGGUCCUCUGGUUGGAGCCAGUAACGCAUUCAGUGACCACUUCGGAACAGACGGCCUUGGGGAUGUGAUUGAAGACAAAGAUCCAAAGUGGGAGGAGAAAAUCCAAAGAGAGCAUGCCGUCAACGCAAUGAUUAGGCUGGUGAAUGAAAACCAGAACCAGAUCUCCUUGGUGGCCCUUGGCCCACUUACUAAUCUGGCAUUGGCUAUCAGACUGGAUCCAUGUUUUCCCCAAAAGCUCAAAGAUCUGUACAUUAUGGGUGGCAACAUGGAAGGAAUAGGAAACGUGACACUAUGUGCAGAGUUUAACUUUGCAUCGGAUCCAGAGUCAGCGUAUGUUGUACUUGAAGAAUUCCUCUGCCCUACAUACGUGGCAUCAUGGGAAUUUUGCUGUAGAAAUUCACUGACGUGGGAGUUCUUCGAAGAGUUGAUCAACCAGAACACACCUGCUGCAAACUUUAUGAAGAUGAUAACAUCGAAGUGCAGGGCGUACAACAAAGAGGAAAUGAUGAAGAAGAGAGGCGUCUACUUCGGACCUGGCUUCGUCUCUUAUGAUUCCUAUGCGAUGGCAGCCUGUAUUGACAGCAGUGUGAUAACCGAAUCAGUUGAGUGUCCCGUCCAUGUGGAGCUGCAGGGUUUGAUCGCUCGCGGUAUGAUGGCACUAGAUCGCACAAAUAAGCUGAAGAAGAGCCACAGCGUGUUUGUUUUGACCAAAUGUGAUGUUGCAAAGUUUAGCCAGUUACUCAUGGAGUCUAUCAGACAGCCUUCUAAGAAGUAAUCUUUGGUGAUUAACAAAUACUGCACUGCUUUGAAUCUAGCUGUAAGUAAUACUGUGAUUGCUGCUCUAGCCCUUGAAAAAUUUGAUCCAAAACAGCCUCAGGCAGUAAAGCCUUGGCUUAAAUCAACUGGACUCAACCACCAAACUGAGAUUAAAUUGGAAAUCUGUUGCCAGGACUGUGAUCCAUGUCACAAAGUUGUCUGUUGAUGGGAAAUUGGGGCUUUCUGGUAAACUUGUAAGAGCGGUUAAAAAACGAAAGCUUGACAUGACAUCUGAGCCACCACAGAUGGCUGUGGCCGUCGAGCCAAAACUCUCUCAGCCUCCACCAGCAAACCCGUGGCUGAAAUCAAGUGCAACCAAGAUUCAAAAAGAUUGCCAGAAGCUUGAUGAGGUUGAGUAUCCCCUGCUCUGUGAUUCCUGAAGAACCACAGUUUGAAGAAAUGGAGCCACAACAGCCUCAGUCUCCUAAAGUAAACCCUUGACUGAAACCAAUCUCCAAAAUGAGAACAUCUUUUCCCAGGAGCUUGAUGAGGUUGAGUACCCUCUGCUGAGAAGACCAGCAGAAAAGUGUGUCAUAGCCCCUAAAUAAACAGACCAGACUGCAAAUGUGAAAGCCUUGAUCACAAGCAGAUGAAGAUUCCUGUAUCUGAGAACAAGCAGGCUUAAACAAUCCUACCAUGAGGACACAUCAGGACACAUAUCCUCUGGCGGAAAGGACCACUGUUAGCUGUGAUUCCAGAAGAACUCUCUAGAAGAAGUUAGAUGUGAUCGCUGAACACAUCAGCACAUCCUCCAGCCUAGCAAUACCCCCAAAUCGAAGGCCACCGCUCCAGCAGAGGUGAAAAUGAGAUCAUCAAACUCGAAAGUGAGCAAGCAGCUUUGCUUUAAGAGGUGGAGCAACAAAGACAAAUGCUCUAAACUCAGAGAGCUCUGCAAGCUGAAGCAGAUACAAAAUAUCAGACCAAAGUCAAGACCCUUUAGCUGGAAAUAUCUGACACAGAGACCUCUGAAAAAGAGGUUCUCUGUAAGUUUUUAAGCUGGAGGAAGCUAUUGAGAAGAAAGUAGAAACCUCCAUGUCCUAUCUGAGAGAUGAAAACUCCAGACUGAUGGCUGCACUGGUGAAGACCGAAGAGGACAUCAAACUAGAGACAAUCCAGUGGGAGGAGGAAGUCAAUCUGCUGAACAGUAUCAAAGAGGAACAGCAGAGCCCAGAGGAAGAAACCACCAGAAAUGAACUGAGAGGCAGCAUUGACAACCAGAGCAAGAAGGCUCUGAAAGAAAGUGUCUGCGCUGGUGAAGGCAGCAGAAGAAGAAACAGGAUACACUCCAGUGAGAGGAAGAAAAAUCCAAUCUGCUGCAAAGUAUCAGUGAGAAACAACAGGCACUAGAGGAAGACAUGACCAGCAAUCAAUUAAGGGACACUCUUAACAAUCAGAGUGAAGAAGAUCCCAAACUAUCAGCUGUACUGGUCAACACAAAGGACGACAUAGAACAGUGGGAGGAGGAAAAGUCCACUAGAGCAGGAAAUCACCAGGAAUCAACUGAGGGACACUCUUGAUCAGAGUGAAGAAGACACCAUAUACUUUGAAAGGGACAAUUAUGGGCUUGGUUACUAGCUUCUGUUUGUGUACCUACAUGUAUAUUCUUACAUUUAAUUUAGAGUUGAUUGUUUUUGUUUGACUAUAAUUUGUACAAAUGUUGCCUACAGUUGGAAAUACAAAGGAGAAAAUGUAUAGGCUGCAAUAAAAAACAAACUUUUCAGUUCACUUUUCAGCUCAUUGUAUGUUUUUUAAUAGUAAACAUCAGCAUAGCAAAUAACCAGUGAUCCCUGGGGAGCAUUUAGCAGCUGAAGCGCCAGAUAUUUUCCUCAGGAGCUGGUAGAGACCAAAGGGAGAGAAUAUUGAACAUAAACAACUCUAAAUGAAUGAUGUCACUCUUUAAAAGGGCUGAACGUGUAAGUUAAGCCACAGUAGCUCACCUGAUAGGGCAUGCACCACUGUAUCAGGGCCAAAGUCCUUACUGCAGUGACCUGUGUUUGAUUCCAGCUUGCAUGUCAUCCUCUCUCUUCCUGUCUAUCUUUCCAGCUGUCUCUAUCACUUAUUAAAGCAGAAAAAAAAACUCACACAACUUGUCUCUGCUGCCCCAAAGUGUCCACAAACAGUUAUUGCACGUUUAAAUGGAAUGAAAUAACAUGGAGAAAAACACAUCUUGCUGAAGUCCUUUAUUUAAAUUUGCUGACAAAUAGAGGCAAUGUGCAAUACAAACCUCAAACGUAAGUGUUCUCUGAUCACUUGACCAAUUUACUCUCACAGAAGGCUUUGAUAUUUUUUUUAGGGCAGAGCCUGCGUUUAAACAUGGGGAACAUGAACGUUCAUGUUUAAAGUUUUGGGGGCCAGUGGUGUUCUGAAGAAUCACGUUUCAGAUUGUGAAGGAUCCCUGCUGCCAAAUAAAAGCCUAGUGCAA